GGUACGCUACUGGAAAUAACGUUAUAUUUGAAAAUAUCAUGAACAAUUUGAGUAAUUUCAAUUUAAAAUUCAAGUUGUAUCAACAAUAAGCAACAAAGGUUACAGACUGCAGCUUUAAAUCCUCGAAGAAACAAAUACCUCCUAGCAUUGGUCUUAUUUUGAAAGGUGUUGCGGAGGAAGUUCUUGAACAAUAAAAGCAAGUUGAUUUGAACUGCUCGUGACCCCGCCCCCUCCCCGUGUAUGCACCUGAGCGUCCGUACCUGUGCAGUGAGUCAGUCAGAGAAGCACCGGGCCGGUGCAGGACGUGGACGUGGACACCUGUCAUGGCCGAGUCUCAGCUGCUGUGCAUGGACGACGAACACGUCAACGAGAAGAUCCCGGAGUCCAGACCCGAGUUCUACUACAGCGAGGAGCAGCGCGCGGCUCUGGAGCAGCUGCUCCGGAACGGGGACGGCGCCUUCAAGAUGCGCCUCAAGGAGGACAACGUCAAGGACUUCCUGUCCGCACGGGAGGUGAAGACCAUCCGCAAGACCUUCCACGAGUUCGACACGGACAGCGACUCCGAGGCCGGCGAGCACGACAAGUCCAAGGAGUCCUCCAGCGCGGACUCCGGGGUCCACUCCACAUACUGGCCUCAGAUGUCCGACACCGAGGUCCCGUCCCUGGACCUGGGCUGGUCCGGCAGCAGCGGCGUCUACAAGGGGGUGACCCGGGUCUCCGUGUUCACCCACCCGCCCAAAGAACCGGGUCCACACAUCAAAGAAGUGGUGAGGAGACUGAUCCAGGAAUCACACAAGGUCAUCGCCAUCGUCAUGGACCUGCUGACAGACAUGCAGAUCCUCCAGGACCUGCUGGACGCCUCGGCGCGACGCGGCGUGGCCGUCUACGCUGUGCUGGAGGCCCAGGGAGUGCCCUACUUCCUGGACAUGUGUGCUCGGCUGCAGGUUAAUGCAGUGCAUCUGAGGAACCUGCGUGUGCGUAUGGUGAGAGGGGCAGGGCUGGCCCUGUCGUUUGGAAAACUGCCCGGAUCUUUAUGCUCCAAAUACAUGCUGGUGGACGGGGAGAAAGUCAUGUUCGGGUCGUACAGCUUCACCUGGACUUCGUCUCGCAUCGACAGGAACACGAUCACGGUGAUGUCGGGACAAAUUGUGGACUUCUUUGACAACGACUUCAGGGAGCUGUACGCCGUGUCAGAACAGGUCGACCUCUACAGGGAGUUCAACAUCACCAAGCCGCCCAUCGCCACGCCCAUCAGGAAGCCAAAGGUGGAGCAGAUCGUAGCCCUGCCCGUCUCCACGUCUCGCUUUCAGGUAUCGGUCGGAGACUCCAAACAGAUUGGCCUGAAGGUGCCGGCUCAUAAAUACCACAAUCCUAAGUACUCUCUGGUUUUUGGGAACAGUACUGGCCUCACAGGUUCACUACAAGACCUUUCGACUUGUCCACCACCGGACUCUCUGGACGGAUUGAAACAGAGGAACGGCCUGUUGAGCAACUUCCCUCACGUCCACAGGAACAGCAGGGAGACGGUGGAGCAGGUUUCCCCUCAGAGUUCUGGUCCACCCACAGAGGAGGACGAGGACGGCAAAGGAUCCUCCAAGAGGAACCUGUCGCCUGGCCUCAAAAAACAGCGCAGCUCCUUCAGGCACUUCCUGAAAGGCAAGGGAGCUCAUCAGAGCACAGAGACUAUCGAGGAAGGCGUGGUCACUCCUCAGAGCCCCGCCUCCACCUGGAGAGUGUCGGGCGCCAACGGCACUGUGGGAAGUGAGCUAGAGGACUCAUUUGAGAUUGUCGAGAAACCAAGUCCACCGAGAUCCAAGACCAAGAAGCCCUCAAAGUUAAUCCAGAGGAGCAUGUCCCUGCAGACCAUCAACACGGGAGAUGAAGACGGACUGAAAAGCCGGCGGCGGCAUCAAAAGAAGAACUGCAUCCAGUCCUGAGGUGGAAAUUGGAGUUUUGUCCUUAGAUGAGCUGGACGAUCUGACGGUCAUACUGUGUCUUUGUCCCUGUGUCUCUGCUCGGUCCUCAGCUGUGGUUUGUGUGAAAUGUGGAGGACAAACCUGGAAAAAUCGAUUAACUUUGCAGCCAAAGUGCCGAAGAAGAUUCCACAGCUGUUGUUUUUCUUAUGUUUUAAAUUAUUUUUCAGUCAAAAGUUGUUG